GGAUUCAGAUAACAUUGAAAAAAUGGCGGGAACUAGCGACACCUACACCGAUUCGCUUCUCUCUGGUUUCGAUCAAAUUUACAAUGAUUUCAAGAGGGGAAUCCAAGAGAUUCAGUUUCUGAAAUCUAACUGGAAUGCAGAAAUAAAGAGAAGAGAAGCUCUUGAAAUCACUUGUCACUCUCUCAAACAGGAUAAUGCACGACUGACAAAACUUUACACAGAAUCUUUACGCAAUCUGGCUGAGCAGCUUGAAAACCAUACCAAAUGCCAGAGAUUCAAAGAAGAACUCUUGAGAAGGAAUGAUGAAUAUCACGCUAAAGAAGAGGAAUAUAAGAGGGCUAUGGAAUUGCUUAAGCAAGACUAUGUAAAAAAAAUUGGGGAUCUGGAGGCUAAAGUCAGAGGUCUUCUACUUGAAAAAGCAACAAAUGAAGCAACCACGAAUCACCUGCGUAAAGAUUUGGCAACACAGAGAGGCCAUGCACAAGUACUAUCAAAGAGGUUGGAUCAACUACAUUCUGAUGAGGAAUCAAAAUAUCUUCUGGAGAUUCUGGACUUAAAAGAUUGUCUGCUGAUUGAACAAGAAGAGAAAAAUGAUUUGAAUAAGAAACUCCAGGAAAUGGAAAAGGAAUUGUUGAUCAGCAGAACGAAGCUUGCGGAGCAGCAACAAGAUUCAGCUUCAAGUCGGCAAGUUGAAACACUUAAGCUGAAGAUUAUGAAACUAAGAAAGGAGAAUGAGAUCCUUAAAAGGAAGCUUUCAUCUUUGGACGAUGGCUAGAAAGGCAGUAUCUCUAGCUGUGUCCCUUCUGAAUUGGACUCCAUGAUCUGUUAUGGGAUCAACUUUAUGCAUGUACAAUUGACUGCGAUUCUACCGCGUAGUGACUAUAUUCAAUAAUCAAGAAUCAAGAUGGUGCCUUGAGAAAGAUUAGACCAUUUAUACUGAGGGUCUUAGAUAUGGGUAAGUGUGUUGGGAAAGUCCUUCAAAUUUUAAAAGCCCUUUACCACUUCUGUCAUACGUUUCUGAAUAAGU